AUGACGAUGACAACAAUUGGCUACGGUGAUGUUGUACCACAGACGUGGCUUGGCCGUAUCGUUGCUUCAUGCUUUGCCUUAUUCGCAAUCUCGUUUUUCGCGUUACCUGCGAAGCACUUUAAUCGACAAAUUCCCGCUGCAGCGACACUUAUCCAGUGUCUGUGGAGAUGCUAUGCGGCCGAUCGACAAUCACGUUCGACCGCAACAUGGCAAGAUUUCUAG